AGCUGCUGGGAGAGGCCUUCAUCAGUGCCCCUCCAUGCCCAGCCCAGGGGACACUUUCUCCAGGGACUGCAUCCCUGGACUGUGCAGCGCCAGCUCCUGAGCCGGAGACUCCAGGUAUCUUCCCGGAGACAGCAGAGAGCAUUUUCCAUGGAGCACUGGGUGUUUCUGGACCCUCGGCAGCGGGCACUGUACAGAGAUGUCAUGCAAGAGAGCUAUGAGACCCUGAUGUCGCUCAAGUACCCCAUCUCUAAACCAGAUGUCAUCUCUCGGCUAGAGCAAGGGGAAGGAAUGUGUGUCCCAGAUCUCCAGGACUCUGGGGAAAAGGAGAACCCAGGAGGAACCAGCGCAGGGACAGCAAGCGAGGAUGAGGUAGAAGAUCUGGGGCAGGGAGGUUGCCAGCAGAUGGACCAAUGUGGAAUAUUGGUGGGGAAAGAAGAGAGAAAUGCUGCACCGAAGCCGCACGGAGGAAAGCCUCACAGGCCAGAGGGGAGCAAGAAAGGUGACCAGGCAGCUCCAUGGAAUGGCAGCCUCAAGAGACUGAGAGCUGGAGCAGCCACAGGGAAGGACCAUGGCGUGGAGAGGCCUGAAGUGGGGCUGAACAAAGCCUUGCCCCUGGCUGGUGAGGAGCUCUGCCUCUGCCCUGAAUGCGGGGAGAACUUCAAGGACAGGGCUUCUCUGGGCAUGCACCAGGUGUCCCACAUGAAGCAGAAGCCUGGGCCGGGUCGCCGCCUCCCAGUGCCCGGCGGCAAGCGCUAUCGCUGCCCAGAGUGUGGGGAGCGCUUCCGCGUGGGCUCCCACCUGGCCACCCACCUGCGCCAGCACACAGGGGAGAAGCCAUUCCGCUGCGCCGACUGCGGGAAGGGCUUCGACUGGGGCUCGCACUAUGCCCGGCACCGGCGCCUGCACACAGGUGAGCGGCCCUUCCAGUGCGCCGACUGUGGGAAGUGCUUCGGCCGCUCCUCCCAUCUGUACCGGCAUCAGCGUGCCCAUGCUGGUGGCCAGCCCCUGGAGUGCCCGCACUGCAGCAAGGCUUUCAACAGCAGUGCCUUCUUCCGCAAGCACCUGCGUGCCCAUGCUGCCCCACCACCCUCCCACCGCUGCCCUGACUGCGGGGAGAGCUUCCUGCGCAGCGCAGUGCUGGCACGGCACCGCAAGUCCCAUCGGGGCGAGAAGCCCUUCCGCUGUGGGGACUGUGGCAAGGGCUUCGCCUGGAGCUCGCACCUGGAGCGACAUCGGCGCGUGCACACGGGGGAGCGCCCCCACACCUGCCCGGACUGCGGGGAAGCCUUCAGCCAGAGUGCCCACCUGGCAAAGCACCGGCGUGUGCACAUGAGCGAGCACCUCCAAGGCUGCGGGGACUGUGGGAGGAGCUUCAAUGAUGUGGCGGCCCUGCCCAAGCAUCGGGCAGCCCACACCAAGGGGAGGAGGCGCCGGGUGGGCACGAGGCGUGUGGGGGUGCAGCCAGUCACAGCAGAGACUCCCCAGCCAGGCCUGGACUGUGGGGAGAGCGCUGCCCAGGGCACAGUACUGGCCCAGCCCCAGAGGAACCAUGUGAGAGGCCAGCCUGGCCGCAGGGCAGACUCAGCCCAAGGGCAGCCCCCAAAGGAGAGCUCCUCACAUGCCUGCCUUGACAGCGGGAAGAGCUUUGCUCCAAGCCCCACCUUGACCCGGCACCAGCGGAGCCAGGCAGGGUAUCAGCCUGAGGGGGGCCCAGGUGCCAAGCCAGACAGCCCUCUUGGGGGGAGCCCCCCCCAACCCUGCCCCAGCCGCAGGAAGAGCUCCCCCCGUGCUCAGCUGGAGCAGCGCCAACGCCUGUGCACAGGAGAGACUGCCAAGUCCUGCCCUGAGUGUGGACAGGAAUUCGGGCAGGGUGCAGCGCUGGCACGGCACCGAAGGAGCCACCGGAGUGAGGACCCCUUCCGCUGCGGGGACUGUGGCAAGGGUUUUGCCUGGAGCUCACACCUGCAGCGACACCGGCGCGUGCACACCGGUGAGCGUCCCCACGCCUGUGCGGACUGCAGGGAGGCCUUCAGCCAGAGUGCCCACCUCAUCAAGCACCGGGCAGCCCACACCAAGGGGAGGAGGUGCCGGGUGAGUGCUGGGCAGGCAGGGGCCCAACCAGCUGCAGCAGAGACACCCCAGCUGUGCCCAGACCACUGGGAGAAUGCUGCCCAGGGUGCGGGGCCGGCCCAGCCCCAGGGUAACCAUAAGAAACCCUCCCAGGGCAGGGCCUGCAAGAAGCGGUUUGGGCGCAGUCAGCAACAGCAGAGCCAGCUGGAGGAGGCACCCACCCCUCAAGGGGCUGACUAAUGGGGUGAGGGCCUCUGCCAAAGGAGGACACCGGAGAACCCAUGGAGGGAAGGGAACCUCACGGCCUUCCAGUGUGAGCUCUGCCCAUGACAGCAACCUGCACCAGGCCAGCAAGCCUGAUCCACGGAGAGGGAGAAGCUGGGUGGGGAGUGGGCGAGGGAACCAAAGAUUCAGCGAUGAAGGAGCUGCCACGUUUUCUACCUCACAUCUACCUCUCCCAACACACACACACACACACACA